GUCAAUUUUGCUUUCAUAUGUCUUUCGUUAUUUCAGUCGUCAUGUCUUUCCUCCAUAUCGGAGAAACGUGGUAGCUUUAGAGCACAAAAAGAACCAAUCAACGCAGUGUCGUCCAAACCCCGGAUGCGUUCUGCACAGUAUGGCAUCCACUCGUGGAUAGUAGAGCUGGGGGACGAUGUUUCUGUUGUCUCUAUAGCAUUAUAUUCGUCAGUUCAUUAUUGCAAUACGAGUACCGAAACUUUCUUUCCAACUGUUAUCAUUAUACAACCACACAAUGUCAGAUCCUCCUUUCACCAUACGGAUUCACACAGAAAACAAUCAAGAUAUGGACUGGAUGGUUCAACCUGAGGAAGUCACAUUUCGUCAGACCGUGGAGGUAAUAUCACAAGUUAUGCCUCAUGCCACGGUCACAGCUUUUGAAUAUGAAGAUGAAGAUGGGGACCAUAUAACAGUGAGAAGCGAUGAAGAAAUGAGAGACAUGUUCGCAGCAUAUUUCAGAGAACUCAGUGAAGAGGACAGAGCUCGAGGGUUACUGCCACCACUUAUCAUUUUCCCCAAAAUGGGCAAAACACCACAAAACAGAAACAUCCAUGGUCUCAAGAUUAAAACAAAUGCAAGUUCACAGGCAGGACAACCUGUAUCGACAGAAACAACAGGAACUACUGGUCUUCAGACAAUACUUCAAUGUGGAAACAUCAAUGAGACACAGCUACAACGCCUAGAGCCCGUGGGAUCAGGGAACGGGGGACAUGUUUAUAGAGCACUGCACAGGCCAUCAGGCAGGAUUAUGGCUGUUAAGGAAAUACAGCUGAACAUAUCACAUGCAGUGCAGAGGCAGAUCAUAUGUGAGCUUGAGAUUUUGUACAAGUGCAACUCAAGAGCCAUCAUUGCAUUCUAUGGUGCCUUCUUCACAGAGAAUCGCAUAUCUAUUUGUACAGAAUAUAUGGAUGGCAGUUCACUGGACAAGUACAUGCCUAUUCCUGAAGCUGUGCUUGGGAGGAUUGCAGCCUGUAUUGUUGAAGGUCUUCUGUACAUGUGGAACCUCAAAAUUAUGCAUCGUGAUGUGAAGCCCUCUAAUGUGCUGGUGAACACAAGUGGUGAAGUCAAGCUCUGUGACUUUGGUGUCAGUGUACAGUUAGUGAAGUCCAUUGCAACAACUUUCAUUGGGACCAAUGUUUACAUGGCUCCAGAAAGGUUACAGGGCAAAGAUUAUGGAAAAUCAGCAGAAAUCUGGAGCUUAGGUGUCACUUUGUUUGAGCUAGCAAGUGGAAUCUUACCAUUUAAAUCAAUAAAUCCAGAUAUAAAGCCCUUUCAACUUAUGCAGUGCAUCAUUGAAGAGAGUACACUUGUGUUACCAGUGGAUCAGUUUUCUCCAGAUUUUAUCCACUUUGUUAGCCAGUGUAUGCAGAAAGAUCCUGAUAAACGUCUGACGAUCCCAGACAUAAUGAACCAUGAAUUCUUGCGGCGGCACGGUGAUGAUACUGCUGUCGUUAUCAGUCAGUGGGUGCGAUCUCGAAUACAGGACAUGAAAUAGGCUAGAGGCCCCUCAUCAUAGCUUAUGUCAGCAACAAAAUAUCUGUGUGAGUGUGGCAUAGUGCAUUUGUAAUUGCCCUUGUGGACUAAUAAAUUUGUAUUGUAUGCAUGUGUGAUCUUGACUGAAAUUAACUUGCACAUUGUGGUACUCCUUAUCAUUAGAGAAUAGUAAGAUAAAAAAAAAAAUUCAAAACCUCUAAACUUUUUUGUGAUAUUUUGAGGUGCAUAAAACUGUAUGUCUGACUAUUGGAAUAAUAGGAUGAGAAAUCAUAUUGUAUGAAAGUAAGUAAAUUGAAAGAUCUGUGGGUUGAAUAUCCAGGUUUUAGUAGAAAGUUGAUGAUGCUUGAAAAGGGUCAGUCUUGGCCAGUUUUUAAGCUUUUGCGAUUAUGGAAAGACUUGUGAUGAUCUUCAGAUUAUAUUUGUGGGCAUUAAAUGAUGAAAUGUGCAAGGGAGCAGGAACCUGCUAAAAUAUGGGAAAGGAUUUAUCUAAGGCAGAACCUUUUUUUUUUUUUUUAAAAAAAAAAGUGUAUUUUGUGAUGGGAUUAGCAGAUGAUGCAUUUGCGGUUAAUGUGACCUCUCCAAAUGUUUGAUGGCCUGAGACCAUUUAGGAACUUAAUAACAAUGAAUGCAUGAAUUUAAUGGUCAAAAAGCAGUUAAACUAAUUUUUUUUCUAUGUUUUUAGGUAUGAGUGUGACUUAAUUCAUGAUUCUUUUUCACCAAACUAAUGUGCAUGUAUUCGGUGAAAGGUGACAUAAGAGGUCCUUUUUUACGUUGUAUGUUAUCAUGUUGUUAACAUGGCAUUUGAAAUAGAAAUUGUGCCUGAAGUGUGUGUAUAAUUGUUGUGAAUGAAGCUUUAAUAAACCUGUCAUGUGUGCAUGUUGAUGGAAAUAAUUUAUUAUAUAUAUUAUUUCAUAGAAUUAUUAUAGCAUGAAAAUUUCAAAAGAAUAUCCUAAUUCAUGAAUCGGUUAUAUACCAGCAACCACAGCUGAUUUUCUCACCUCCCUUCACUGGAUUGAAUCUAUUUUUUCCUGCCGGACAGUGAAAGUUCAGCCUUUAAGGCCACACAAAUUACGUGGUGGUAAUGCUGUAGCAAAGGCUUAGUGUGGCCAAAUUAUAUAUGCAGAUUGCAAGAACAUCAAUAAACCAAAAUAAAGUCCCAAUUAACAAAGAUGUCAUGCAUGCAUGUUCGUGCACACACCAAGCACAUGAUUCAGUAACCAAAGAAAAAAAAAAUUCAAAACCCUCAGAAAAAUUUGAACAUUUAAUUUAUUGCAUGUGUUCACAGUUAUUGAAACAUAUAAGAGGCCUAAUUUUAGGUUUUUAUAGAUACAGUUUUAUGGAACAAGAAAUUUGUCAAUGUUAACAAGAUAAUGCAUUACUCAUCAAUUAACAUGUGGUACGGUGACAAGAAAAAAAAAUCCAAAAAAGCAGUCUGCCAACUAAGUAAAUUCUUUUAAUUUUAUAAAGUUGUCAUGAUCUUUUUAAAGUAACUAAAAACUUUCACUGCAUAUUAAGUUCUCAGUUUCUUAUGGCAACACUCUAGUCAUAUUUUGUAUCAAACUUCAUUUGUUUUAAUACAUUUUUAUGCUUUCAGGAUUCAUCCAUUUGCCUAAAACAUUUCAUGCUACAUUUCUUUCUUAAACUAUAAAUAUUUUAUAACAUAAAUUCUUACAGAUAUAGCAAUUACAAAAUAUACUGCUUUCUAGAGAUAAAGAAUAUAGCACAAUAGCUGUAUGACAUCUAAAAAUGUGUUAUUGGAAGGAUCUAAAUUUAAUGUGCAUUUUUUGUCAAACUUCUUACCUGAUGCUUGUUAAUAUUAAAUUGUGGGUUGAAAGUACAAUCAGCAGAAAUUUCUACUUCUAGAUCUUGUUCACCACUGCUGACUGAGUUACUAAUAAAUUUGAUGCCUAGAAAUUUCAAGCAGGCAAGGCCGAUGAUGGUCGCUAUGGGAAGAGUGAGUGUGAGAGAGAAAGGGAGGUGCAUGACCAUGAGAGAAUACUAUAAAUAGUCUUCUCAUUAUCUCACCAGCCUUCAUCAUUUUUGCAAAACAUUUCCUCCAGAGGUAUCCCUAAAUCAUAUAUCCUGUUGAUGUCACUGCCAUUGAUUCUUACCCAAUAUUUGUUGGAUAGUGUUGAGCUGAUGAUUUGAGACUGCAGUCAGGUUUAUACAGCAUUAUUAAAAGCCAGUUGAUUUAUACUUGUAGAGCUUCUCAGAGCAUUCCUUGGUUACCUUAAAUUGGACAGGAUUUUUGUUGUUGGUCUUUGCUCUAAAUUACAAUUUUAUUUGUGCCUUACUAUAUCACAGUACAGUUUCAUUAAAUUGGCCAGUGUCUAUUGUGAUUCACACUUUCAUUAAGUGAUAAAAUCAUAAUCGGUUGCAAGGCCAUGUAGCAAAGUCUGCACAAAAGUGAAACCUGUGUUCUUUUCCUGUGAUAUUAACUGCAGUGUCUUACAAGGAAAUGAUUUUGGAAAGGUUAUUCUUUUAAAUGUUUAUACAGUUUUACAAUUUAGGCUGAUUCCCAGAGACUUGUGUCAUUUUUCUAUGCAUGAUGUACAAUAACUACUUUGAAGGCAGAAAGUCUUUCUGUGAUUCAAAUUUUCACAGAAUUAUUUUAGUUGCACUGUUUUAAGUAAGAGUGACGAUUAAAAAAUCCUUUGCAAUAUA